AUGCCGAAGCUCAGUCCUGCCCAUGCCACGCGUGUGCUGCGGCGACAAGGUGCCAAAGCGGUGACAAGCUUGCAAGAGAUGAUCAGCCAACAUUUGGAGGCAAAUGUGCUGCACUUCAAUGCAAGCUUGGCCGCCCUGGGGCAAGCUGGAGACUGGCAAGCAGCUAUGCACUGCCUCGGGUUGAUGGAAUCCUUCCAAGUGAAAAAGGACACCUUCACAUACAACACCUCAAUGACGCUUUGUACGAGGGCAUCUCAGUUGAAGAAAUCCUUGGCGCUCUACCGGGAGAUGAGCUUUUCGGAGGUGCACAAGGACCGCUACACCUAUAGUGCAACAAUUAAAGUCUGUGAGCAAAUGAGGCAGUGGCCCUUGGCCUUAUGUUUGAUGGACGACAUGCGGCUCCGUAGCGUCAGCCGAGAUGAAAUCAUUUACAAUGCAUUCAUUUCCUGCGCGCGGGAGCGAUGGGACGUUGCCUUGGAGUUUUUUGAUGGCAUGAGCAAGAGGAAACUCAGGAAGGAUGUCGUCAGCUACAAUUCUGCCAUCAGCGCCCUGGAGCGGGGUGCACGUUGGCAAGAAGCCUUGGAACUGUUUCGGGAUCUAAAUGUCCAGGAGGUCCUGAAGACUAAGAUCACCUACAGUUCGACGAUUAGCGCUUUGGGAAAGGGCUACCAAUGGGCCUUGGGCCUGCAACUCCUCGCAGAGAUGCAAGGAGCCCAGCUUCAGCACAGCAUCGCUUGGAAUGCGGCGAUGAGUGCCUGCGAGAAGGGCGGGCAGUGGCAUAGGGCCAUUCACUUGCUGAUGGCCUUGAAACCUAACGAGAGAGAUAACUAUUCCUACAAUAUCGCGAUGGCAGCCUGCGCAGGUGCGCGGAAAUGGGUGGUGGCUGUCAGUUUGUUGCAGCUGAUGAUGGAGACGCCCCACCUGCAACCUGAUUCUUUCUCAUACUGCGCGGUCAUCUCCGCAUGUGGGCAUGCUCGACACUGGGCUCGUGCACUCGAGUUCUUUCAAGCAGCCGAGCGAGGUCACCUGGCAGGGCGGGUGAUCUUCAACGAGAUUUUGGAUGUGCUCGAAGAAGAGCCGAUGGCUUCAGGCAUUUUCCAGCUGGCGCGCCAGAAGAACCUUUACCCUGGGCUCCUUCACAACUUGGGCCACUUGGACCUCCACGACUUGUCGCCGGGCGCUGCCGUGGCGGCGCUACGCUGGUGGCUCACAGACGCCCGCCCUGGACGGCACGAGCUGGUGGUGGGCCAGGGAAACAGCCGGAAGCCGUGGCGGGAUGCCGAUUUGAAGAGUGCAGUUCUGAAAGCUUUGCGGAAGCUGCAGAUCAAGGUCCUCCAGUCGCCCAACCCUGGACGUAUCCAGGUGACACCGGGGAACGUGGUCCGGGAGCCCGGUCCGGGAGAGGAGAUCGCCGGUCCGACGUUUGCCACCAUUGUGGACAAGAUCACGGGCAGGAACGCGAAGAGCAAGUUUGAUUGGUUGGCGACCUCGGCGGAUGAGCCGGUCAAUCUCGAUAGCGAAUCUCCAUGCCAUGGUGUCAUGGAUGCCCAAAGUAGCUGCAGUGCCGCGGGCUCUGCAAGCCCGGGCUACGGCACCCGGGCUACGAAUUCAUUCGACUCAAGCAAGCUUCGGGGCCGAGCUUUGUGGAGAAGCUUCGGGCAGGCCCAGAGGGAUGUGGUGCCGAAGUUGCACGAAGCAGGGCAGGGCACCUUAGUGUCUGGUAGCGGCUUGCCAGACCUCACCGAGCAUCUCAAAGCCAAUGGUAUCUACGAGGAGUACCUGGCCUACCGGCGCGGGUAUUUGGAGUGGCGCAGGGGCAGCGCAGUGGGAGCGCAAGGGGAACUCACAGCUGAUGCGUUGGAGCAACAAACGCUGAUGGAUUCCGGUGUUUUGGCCAAUUCGGGCGGUUAA